AGCGCUGCUGUCCCCGCCGUGCGCCCUUCGCCGCUGAGCUCGCAGCCUCCGGCGCCCACCUCCACCUCCAGUGUCCCGCCUCGGGCCGUCGCCCUCCAGCGGCUCGCGAGCGUGGGAGACGUACCUGGGCAGGCACUGUCCAGCCCAGGCCCAGGCACAGCCGUGAGGGGCGAGGCACGGGGACAUCCUGGCGGCCACCAUGGUGGCCACGUUUCUGCAGGUGGUGGGCUUCGUCACGAGCUUCGUGGGCUGGAUCGGCGUCAUCGUGACCACCUCCACCAAUGACUGGGUGGUGACCUGCGGCUACACCAUCCCCACCUGCCGCAAGCUGGAUGAGCUGGGCUCCAAGGGGCUGUGGGCCGACUGCGUCAUGGCCACGGGGCUGUACCACUGCAAGCCCCUGGUGGACAUCCUCAUCCUGCCGGGCUACGUGCAGGCCUGCCGCGCCCUGAUGAUUGCUGCCUCGGUCCUGGGUCUGCCGGCCAUUUUACUGCUGCUGACUGUUCUUCCCUGCAUCCGGAUGGGCCAGGAGCCCGGUGUGGCUAAGUACAGGCGGGCCCAGCUGGCUGGUGUUUUGCUCAUUCUGCUGGCUCUCUGCGCCCUUGUUGCCACCAUCUGGUUCCCUGUGUGCGCCCACCGUGAGACCACCAUCGUGAGCUUUGGCUACUCCCUGUAUGCAGGCUGGAUUGGUGCUGUGCUGUGCCUCGUGGGUGGCUGUGUCAUCCUCUGCUGUGCUGGAGAUGCCCAGGCCUUUGGUGAAAACCGUUUCUACUACACUGCGGGCUCUAGCUCCCCGACUCAUGCGAAGAGUGCCCACGUAUAAGAGGGCUGCCCGGCUGCCCACAGAGGUGCUGUAGAUGCUGGGCCCAGGGCCCUAGGUUUGCUCGUCACAGUGUGGGGAAGCCCAUUCCUCUGCCAGGCUCUAAAGCCAAAGGUCUAGAAAAGCAUCCUGUCUGGCAUUUUGUAGUCUUAACUUCUCCCCAUUUCCCCCAUCUUUUGGUUGCCUUAAAAGAAAUCUCUAGCUCAGAUAAUGCCCAGACAUUUUUUUCCCAUGGUGUUGCCACUAUUAGCUCUUUUCUUGGGCAUUCUUUUGCUGUUUAUUAAAAAUAUAUUAUAUAUAUUUUGUUUCUUUAAAUUUCAAAUGUUUUGCAAACAUCACUGAGUUAGGUGGGGGUGGGGAAGAGAAAUACAAGACACUUUUUUUUUUUUUUUUAAAUAGGGCCUUACUCUGUUGCUCAGGCUGGAGUGCGGUGGUGUGAUCUCGGCUCAUGUAGCCUCAACCUCCCUGGCUCAAGUGAUCCUCCUGCCUCAGCCUCCCAAGUAGCUGGGACUACAGGCGUUCACUACUACACCCAGCUAAUUUUUAAGUUUUUUGUAGAGAUGAGGGCUCCCUAUGUUGCCCAGGUUGGUCUGGAACUCCUGGACUCAAAGUAUCCUCCCGCCUCGGCCUCCCAAAGUGUUGGGAUUAUAGGAGUGAGCCACCACACCGGCCAAGAUGCUUUUCAAACUGAUACAGAUGACAAUGGGAGCCUCAUAAAGAUGGCUUUUGUUUCUUCCCUUCAAGGUCAUUUACUUGUACGAGACAGAAAAAGAUAGCAUUGGGGACAUGGGAUGAGGGAGGGAGGGCAAUAGUGGAACGAACUUUCCAUGGGAAACUUUCCCUUUUGUAAGUUGAGGGCCAGGGGUAGGGAUAUUUUUUAGUUUGUGAUUUUGCAUUUAUCUGUACAUACUUUUUCAAGAUUGAUCAUUUUUAUAACCAUGGUUUUCCUGAAAUCCUCAGUUCAUCAAUAUGAAGGAAAUGAACCACAUAGACUUUAUGCAAUAAAUAACAGUGCAAGUGAGUAUAACUUUAACUGAUGUUCCACAAAACAUUUUUGAUUUCAGGUUUAUAUGAUGUAGUUUUUAAUCGUACAUUUUCAUAUGCUUCAAACUAACACAUUUUUAAAGCUUUCCCCCACUUUUCUCUCUAUUUGCAUUGUUAGCCAUCUUGAAGUGAUGUUGUUUAACAUAAAUUGUACUGUUGAAUUUGGCUUUACGGGUGUAAACACUGAUGGUAUAUCAGUAUCUGAGACCCCAGACUCUCCAAAUACUGAUGGUGCAUUUUAUUCUUGAAGUGAAAUCUGUGCAAUAAAAUAACAGACUGUCUGCAAAA